AUGUCAGAAACAUCAGUCACCGAAGUUUAUGGUCGUGGUGACGAGUGCUACGCGUCUCCCCAGAUCCGCAUUGCUGGUGGAAGGAGUCCUUCUUCUUCCGAUGGUCGAUCUAGUGACGACGAGUAUCCGGGUAACCUCGACGGCUACGACCUCUUCCAGCAAAAGGCAGGAGAUUUUUAUCGCGGAGCUAAUGAGAUCCUGGAACUAGCCGGUAUCAAGUCGGGACACAUGGCAUUCUCGGCUUUUCUCUCAACCUACGAUCCUGAAAUCAAUCCAACCGUUACCUCCAGCAUCGACGCGGAGAAAGAAAGGAUUGAUUCCUCUUGGAUAACCGCCGCGAGAAAAGUUCAUGCUCUUCUGUCCGAGGGAGGAUGUGUCCAGUUUUCGGUAGAAAUUACCGAUAAGGCAGCAUUUUUGCCGCAGAAAUAUCAUCCGGUUGCGAGGUCGCACAAGAUCUAUCCAGUCUGGAACACCACCCUCCGCAGAAUCUUGAAGGAAAACGAUAUUCAACAGUGGACAUCGCUCGGAUGCUACCGUGUUGGGACCAGUGACAUGGCAGCAGAAUGCCCAGUGACCGUCAUGGUCACUGUAGAUCCGUACGCUCACAAAGAUUGGCGAGGAACUCGUGACUGCAUUGUUCAAACCCUUGAUGAGAUUGGCUGCAGCGAUAUCGUGGUGAUGAUUAAAAAGGACAUGGCAAAUCCUCCAAUGGUCAAUGCAUUUUUUUCUAAUUGGGUCAUAGCAACAGACAUUUGGCGGAAGAAUGGCGUCAAACCUGGCGAUCAGAACGCCAUGAAAGCCCUUAAUUUCGAGCAACCAAGUGUUGAAGAUAUGAGUAUCGAGUCAAAGCGUCUCAACGACCAAUACCAGGAUAUCGUCAAAAGUCCCAGUUUCAAAGUGAUAAAGGAAGCCAUGAAGAAUGAUGAAUUAGUUUUCCCGAGGGACAGAAAGAUCUAUGACCUUAAUCUCCAGAUAGCCGGACAUUACGAGUCACAGCUAAACAAGCUGAGGGGGAUGAAAGCCAACAACAGUCACAGCUUGGGAACAAUUUUUGCCUGUUCUGGGGAACGGGUAAUCGAAUCUACAACCAUCAAAGAUGCACGAAAAACGAUCAUUGAUUGGUCCCUCAUCUCUGUGCACAGCACGCGUCUUGGGAACAACAUGUCAAAUACCUACGACCCCUUGCCGGAUUUCAUGCCACCGGCCAUGAAUAUAGUGCCAUUGGCACACAGACGAAGCCACGAAAUCGGCGAGUCUGCCGGACUGUUCAAAGUCGGCCGCGGCACCGGCUACACCGCGGGAAUCUAUAAUUCCCUGAGGACCGCCUACAUCCACACCAUCAGCCAAGGAGGCAAGGAGACUGUCGACGCCACCAUUGAACAUAACAUCCUGGGAGACUUCUCCCAGGAGGGAGAUUCAGGGGCUUUGAUCUUCGAUCGACACCUUGAGGUGGUCGGUCUUCUCUUUGCCGGACACCAGAGAACUGGCAUCACGUACUUUACGCACAUCGAAGAUGUCUUUCAUGACAUCAAGCGGAUGACGGGCGCCCUGGAUGUGAGAAUCAAAGAAUAA